AUGAACGAAGCCAGCAUAUUUCCCGGCUUCCAUCUUUCAGUACAUGCGGGAAUAACUAGGCUCCAGGUAUAUGGACGUUAACAAUAACCGAACCGUAAUUCUGCUCGAAAACCAGUGAGUGACUUGUUCUAGUGAAAAGUUUCGGCUUUUAUAGGGAAAACGACCAAAUGCGUGAAAAGUGUCUGUGAUUUGAAACGAAUCGAAUUGAUGCGAAAAGUACGGAUGUAUUAGAAAAGUAGAAAAGAUGCGAAUUAUCUUUAUGAGUUCAGCAAUCAGUUUUAACCUGUAGUGAUUUUCAGUUAUGCUUAUUAGUGCAAACGUGGGCAUAGAGUAUUAUGGAUAAGCUAGCAGAGAUCCCAGCAGAAUUAUCGCUAGAUGAAUUGAGUUACGCAUCACUACCUCUCGAGGAUAAUGCUAAAGGUUUAAUUCAAUUCAAUGAGAACUCGAGUGAAGUAGUUCGGUGUGCUGUUAACGAACGAGGCAUUUUAUUUGUAAAAGUUGAUUGCCCAACUGAUGAGGAGCCGUUAGAGUUUACUUGGAGUCGUGAUGAUAUUCCAAUUGUGAAUAACGAUCGCUUCCGAAUAACGCAAACAAGUAAAGCUGUGCAAUUGGCUAUCGAACAUGUUCAGAAAGAUGAUACCGGAUAUUAUACGCUUUACGCACGAACGAAAUCCGGAGAAACGCUACGGAAGGACGUUGAACUGAUUGCCGAGGACCGAUCAGUUGGAAGCGACCCGCCCGUAUUUCUCCGCCGACUUGGUGAUUUAUCGGUGAAAGUGGGCACGCGAACUAGACUCCUCGUCGAGAUUCGAAGUUCCACGGAACUCAAGGUGACUUGGUAUCGAAACGAUCGUCGUGUUUGCGAGAAUGAUCGCAUCCGUCAUGUUCAUGAGGGCACUUUCGUCUGCUUAGAAAUCGCUCCAGUGGUGCUAGAGGAUGGUGGCCAGUGGAUGUGUAUGGCUGAGAACCUCGGGGGGCGCAAUUCAUGCAUUGCUCUCCUGAAUGUUCUUGUGCCCAAAGCAUACAAGGCUCCCGAAUUCAUCGAAGAGCUUCGCGCGAUCUUAACAGAGCAAGGGACUGUUUCGCUUGAGUGUAAGGUGAUAGGAAUCCCUACGCCCAUUCUGAGAUGGUUCAAGGAUUCGAAAGAGAUAAAAGCAGGGGAUGUUUUCGCUCUCACGGCAAAUCCCGAUGAUCCGACUUCACUGGGAACGUAUACUUGCGAAGCGAUAAACUGCAUGGGACGUGCAUAUUCGAGUUCAAAAGUACACGUAGUCGGAAGAGGCAGUCGGGAAGGAUCUAUGAAACCCGCUGACAGUGUUCAGUACAGCGCGCCACCACCAAUAUUCACAGACGAACUGAAAGACGUGAAAGUUAAAAUUGGAGACAUAAUAAUUUUGGGUUGUAAAGUCGUUGUACCACCAUGGCCAAAAAUAGUUUCGUGGUACAACAAAGAGGGUCGUGUAGAAGCUUCCGAAAAGUAUCGUAUGAUUGAAGAUGGUUUGGGAGUUUACAUGUUGGAAGUAAAGCCAUCAGAAAGCUGUGAUGAAGGAGAAUGGAAGUGUGUUGUGACAAAUAAUGAAGGAAGUGUUGGAAUAAGCACGUGCAACGUCAAAAUGGAAAUCCCCAAGAAUUACCGCAAACCGCGCUUUAUGGAGAGCUUGAAAGCAGUUUUAACUGAAGAGGGCUUAGUUUCCUUCGAAUGUAAGGUUGUCGGUUUUCCAACGCCCAUUCUGAAAUGGUUCAAGGAUGGCCAGGAAUUGAAGCCGGGCGAUGUAUACCAAUUAACAGGAACGAAUUCUUUGGGGACAUAUUGCUGCGUUGCUAAAAAUUGUAUGGGAGAGAGUAGUAGUGUUGCCGUUCUUACUAUAGAAGAUAUACAGAACCAACUGAAUGACGAGGAAAGAUCAUUCUUGGUACAACAGAAUCAACCACCGAAAUUUGAAAUUGGAUUAAAAAGUCAAGACGCGAAAAUAAAUGAAGAUUUUCAAUUUACUAUCAAAGUGAAAGCUACACCUGCUCCACUCCUAACUUGGUUCCGAGAUGAGCUACCAAUCGAAUCGAAUGAAAAAUAUAACAUCCAGAAAAGUGAAGACGGAACUUGUACUUUGACAAUAAAUCGAGCAGAAUUUGUGGAUCAAGCCGAGUGGAAGUGCACCGCAUCGAAUGACUUUGGGACCAGUGUGACAUCGUGCUUCCUUAAGCUACAAAUACCACGUCAUUACAAGAAGCCAAGAUUUUUGGAAUGCCUGAGAGCCGUUUUAACUGAAGAAGGAGCUGUGAAUUUAGAGUGCAAAGUCAUUGGUGUUCCACAACCUGUUCUAAAGUGGUAUAAAGAUGGUGUUGAAUUGAAGCCUGGAGAUAUACAUCGCAUAAUUUCGGGUCAAGACGGUACUUGUUGCUUAGGAACCUACACGUGCGAAGCUCGAAAUUGUAUGGGAAUCGUGGCCAGUUCGGCAUCUCUGCUUGGUUUUGAAGAUGCUUAUAAAAAUCAAAAUCAAGAAGGCUUUGGCGAAGAACUCCAACGGAAUUUAUCACUAUCGACUAUCCAGGAAGAGAGAACUUCGCAAAUGUACGAUACACCGGUAGGAGACAUAACUUUGGAAGAGAAAGGUGAUGUAUCGUUUUCGUUCGACGGGAAAGAAGUCUCAGUUUCGCUCUACGAGACUCCUGACUUAACUGAGGAAGAAGCAUUGCAAAUUGUUGAAAUGUACGCCGAUCAAAUCUCUGAACAUGUAACGGAGCAUAACGUAGUGGAAUUGCCACCUUUGAGAUUUGUUAAAGAAACAAGUCAAUCUGGAAAUCUUCUGAUGGAAGCUGUUGUUAUCGAUAUUGCCCCCGAUUAUUUUAUGCAUGAAGAGGAUAUGAGGACUGAAGCGGGGAUGGAAGAUAUUUCUAUAAACGAAGUAACAGUUCAUCAGUUGUCUUCAGGCAGAGAUAGUUUUGCUUCCGGAAAAGAAGCUGAUAUGGUUGAGGAAAUGAAAUCACACGACCGAAAACGGAGAAAAUCGGUGAAUGAUCAGGAGGAAUUUUACAGUUUAUCACAUUCGAAACCUUCUGAUUUGAAAUCGCAAUCAGAUGAUGAUGGUACUGAAACUGAUUUACCGACAUUCGCCAGUGCCCAAGAAUCUAUAAAUUUAUCCAGCCAUAAUGCCGAAGAAAGGAAAAUUAGCGCCGAAGAAUCAGCUGUGGACAUUGCAGAGAAUAAGGUCUUUAGAGAAGAUCCUAUUGCACCUAAACGAAAAAAAGCCAAAAAGGGAACAGAUUCCGAGUGUUCCAAGACGCAUGAAUCAUUAGUAGCAUUGCAAGAUAUAUCCGGUGAAGCAGGGGACGGUUUAAAAUUAUCGCGGUCGCUUGAACCUAUUAAAGAUAAUCGGUUGAUAAAAAGCAACUUGGAAGCCUUAGUUCCAAUCGCGAAAGAACUGUCAACGAUUGAGAAAAAUUUGACUGCAAUUGAAGGAGAAGUGAUAGCGCAAUCUGCAAUGAUGAUGUCAGCAUUUUCUGCUGAAAAUAGUAUCAAUAUUAUUGCUAAUCUUCUUGAACCCAUCCGUCAAAUUCAAAGUAAAAUGAAAGUUUAUUCUGGUGAAAUUCCCCUUGACCUUCUGUUCGAAACUUUGGAAGAAGAUUUAAAAGUGUUACAUCGCAACCUGCAAGUAAUUGAAAAAUGUGUGGAAAUGGAUGAAGGAGGACGCACCUUGAUACAAAGAACUAGUGUUUGUAUUAUCGAUAGUUGUGGUGGUAAAUUCAUAGAAGCUUUAGAGAACGUUGAGCAAAUUGCAAACCAAUUUAUUGGUUCUCGUUUGAAGAAUGAAUUCAUUUUUAUAGUUGAAGAUAUGAAACAAGGCAUCCAAAUUACACAAGAUACAAUCAAAUCUCAACUGCUUAUACAAGAAGCAUCGGCUUUAGAGACAACGAAACAUUUCACCGAGAGUAUCGCCAAGUUACAAACUACACCGCAACCACUUCCGUAUGAAGCAAUCAGGUCAGCUGAACUUCCACCUGAAGGAAAUGCGCUGAAGAAUAUAUUCGGUCUUGUUACUAAAAUGCAUGAGGCCCUUGAAGAAGUUAGCACCAACGUUCAUUCAACUGAAAAUAUUAACCAAGAACCCACACAGGAGCUACAGAAGACUGUUUUUGCGAAACUUAGUGACCCACUAGAAAAUCUUGAAGCGGAAAUGACAAAACUGGAGAACACUGCAAUUAAUCAAGUUGGGCAAGAUUCCCUGGAACAAAAAGUCAAUAUCGGCAUUUUAGAUAUUGUAACGCCUCCAUUGUUUGAGUUACGUAAGUGCUUGGAAGCGAUUGUACAACAAUCAACAAGCGAAACCAACCCCAUCGUAAAUAGUAGUAUGAUUGACUCUAUGGUGUUACCAAUACAAGAAAUUCAGAGUGGUUUAGCCCAACUUGCUCAAGAUAUUCAAAGCGGGCAAAUUGUUCCAGAUGUGGAAGUCGAUCAACCUGCAGACACUGACCGACUUACUCAAUCCAUAGCUCAAGCUGUUUUGAAUUUUAGAUCCAAUGCUGUUAAUUUAGCUCCACGAAUUGAUGCUCAACUUCAUUCUAAACUUAAUACUUUAGUAGACGACGUGUCAAAAGUUGUAGGGGAAAUUUUGAACAAACCACUUGAUAAGUAUAGUUUGGCUAUCUUGCAAAAUUUGAAAUCCCCAAUCGAUGACUUAAACUAUAGUCUCCGUCAGACUGAAGCGAGGUCUUCGUCGGGAUCAUUGAGGUAUCUUGUGGAACCCCUACAUAAUCUUCAUGACCGAACGAAGAUCAGUGAGGAUAUCUUAAUGUUAAUUGGUCAGAAUUCCAACGAUGCAAAAGUGAGCUCUCUUAGACACGUUCAAAAAUCCGUUAGAAAUCUUGAAAGAGAUAUAGAAUUGUUGGAAGCAGAAUUACUUCACCAAGAAAUUUUGAGCCAAUCAAAAUAUGCCGAAGAAAUUGAAGAGCCUGCCCAAUCUCUACACGAAACUUUAACUCUGCCUGAACUUCAAAGAAACAUAAAUCGAAUAGCAAUAACUUUAGAAGAACUGCAAACAUGUAUUGCUGGCAUACAAGAAAAUGUGAUCCAACAAUCAUACCCUGAAAAUGUUCUCACCAAUUUAAACAAGGCACAGAACUGCUUAUCAAAAAUCAAAAAUAUCGCCGUAUUGAGUACUUCACGAGAAGAAGAACUCGUUGGCAAUGUAGAUCUUCUACAAAAUGCUUCCAGACCUAUACGCAAUGCAAUUGAAUCAUUACAAAUGAUUACCCAACCAUACAGGGAAGCAACUCUUAAGGACAAUACACCAGCCCUGAAAAGUGUUUCCGAGUCCCUCCGGGAAAUUAAGGAUUGCGUUGAAAACAAUAAAGGCACAACGAAAUUAGCAUCUCCUUUAACUGAGUUAGAGUCAUGCCUAGAGGAAGUAGUUCACAAAAUAGCAACCCAAUCCGAAGAUAUUUCUACUAUGGAAGAUAUCUCGGCUAUGGGAAGCUCUUUAGCAGAAAGCUUGGACUCACCCUUGCAGAAAAAAACUCGAGCGCAAAUUCUAUUAGAAGAAUUGAAGCAACAUUUGGCAGGCGUGUCUCAAAUUGAAGCAAUGGAAUCGAUAGCUAACAUUAUUCCGCUCAGUCAUGCCAAUGAUCUUCAAAUUGCCAUCGACAAAGUUCACAGAUUAGAACAGCAUAUUGCCGUUAUUCAUAGUACUGAUAUUCAGGAGCCCAUAGUAUCAGUGUCCUCACAACAAGAUUUGUCUUCACUUGAAACUAUCGCACAUCGCUUGAACGAUCUCAAUUCCUGCAUCGUCCAAAUUCAACAGGAAAUUGGUAUGGAAAAUGCUGAGUCUAUAAGUAGCUCUAAUGAACUCAAAUUCAUUGAAAAAAUUGCUACGCCCUUAAUGGAGGUUCGCCAAAGUAUCGAGGUUAUUCAAAAUCUUGUGAUGGAACAGACAAGCAAAGUUCCAAGUGAAAUUGUGGCAACCGAACAAGUGGGAAUAGUAAAUGAUUUGCAAUCUUUCGUGUUGGCCAUUCAAGAAACUCAUGCUUUAGAUACUGUGGAAAGUUUGAUAGAAGAGGAAGGACGAAAAGAGCUUCGCGCUAUAGUGACACCUCUUACAGAAAUCCAGGAUGUUAUCAACGUACAACAUCAGCAACAUUUAUCUCCCUUGGAGAGCAUCACUUACAGCAAGGAUGAAUCUAUAAAAGACCUUGAAAAGCUUGCAAGACCCUUGCUUUCGCUGCGAGAAGCAAUAGAAAAAUUGCAAGAUAUUGCUUAUGAUAACUAUUCCUCAUUCUCGAUUCUACGUGAACGGGCGACUCCUGUUUUCCAGAUCUUAGAAUAUGUUGAAAAGUUGAAAGUUGAUACGCUGGAAAACGCCUUGGAGCUUUCAACUCAAGAAGACAUUUCUGCCCUUAAAACACUAGCUGUAUGUGGAGAAGAAAGUGAAAGGAAGGUUGCCGUGAAAAAGGAAGUCCUUGCCGAGAAACCAAUAGGAGAAGUGGCUCUCAACGAAUGUGUAAAUCUUCUUGACGCCUGUUUGGUUAAAUUGGCCUCACCUCUUCAAAUGUCUGGUGAAGCUCGUGCGGUGAUCAUUGAUCUAUCUAAGGAAAUACAAAAUCUUAAAAAGCUUUUUUCAUCAGUAUCACCAGAUCCAGGUGCACAGGUAGAUAUAAAUAAAGAAUUAGCUAAGGCACUGUUUUCCUUCCGAGAAGUCCUGGUUCACACGUAUGAUGAACUCUCGAAUAAAAAUGAAUUGGUUGAAAUUCUCUCCGACCCUUUGAAAACUGUUGAAGAAACCCUCACUGAUAUCAGCCAAAAAAUUCCAAAAGUAGAACGGUUAUUCGCGGAGCAAAUUCUUAAGAAUAUUUCGGAAAAUUUAAAUAACUUUGUAGCUGUAAUGAAAGUAUGUGAUUCGGAGAGAAAAUUGCCUUGUUUGGAACCACUGGCAGGCACAUUAAGUUGCCUUAACGACGCACUAUUAAGCCUGAAUGAGGUGGAGGAUGAGCAGCUGCCAAAGAAUUCAGGGCGGAUAGUAAGGAUCCAGGCAAAGUUGAUGGACACGUUUCGGGUAUUCGAUGGUAUUAGCGAAAGCAUUUCUAAUGAACUACUUAAACCUGUCUUAGAAGUGCAAAAUCUGUUAUUGAGCGUGAACACGUUCGUUGAGUCGGCAGAAAGUGAAAUAAGUAAAGCGGAAUUGUUGCAAGAAAUCGAACUUAUCUCUAAACCAUUAAAGGAAAUUGCUGAAAUUAUGGAACAACCACAAAGUGAGGAACUUUUAAUAGCCCAACACGAGCUAUUGAAAAAGGACGAACUGGACACUGCAGAUGGGGAGCAGGGGCCAAUAGUAACAACUGAACACAAUCAAACAACGGAAAAGUGUUCUGGAAAUGAGCAGUUGCAAAUGCUGGUAGAAGAAAGGUCUGAAGCUGCCGCGGAGAAGGACAUCAAUACUUUGGAGGGUAGAGAAAAAUCAUCGAUAGAGGUAGAAUUGAAUAAGGACAUUUUUCCACAAAAAAUAUUACAAAAUAUCGAAUGUACUGGAGCUGAUAUUGAAGUAGGGAUGGACGUUGCGACAAUGGUACCUCAAGGCACAACUAGGUUAGAAGAUGCCGAUUUGAAAAUAGAGAAUACAGAAUCGGAAGGGACGCUGAGAAUGGAAAUUAUGAAGCUAAAUCCAGAAACGCAGAAAAUAAUUGAAACCCUCGAAAAGGUUGACAUGAGGAGCAUUCAGGAAACUAUUGAAAAAACACUAUCUCCAUUGAUUAAAAGUAUUUACGAAUCAGAUGAAUUAUCUGCGCUGAGAGAUAUGAGUGAAAAGUGUAACGUUAGUAAACCUGACAGUUUUGUUUCAUCUCUAACAGAACUAUACAAUAUAUUGAGAGACAAAAAGCCAACUCAACAUUAUAUACAAAUUCUCCAACGACUAUGUUCGAUGCGCAAUGUUGCUGGUGAAUUGGACGACAAAACUCUUCAACACCUAAAGGAUAACUGUCCUCAGUUUUUCAAUCUUUUAUCUGUGCUUCUGAGCGUAAACUCUAGCUUACUUGAUAAUAUAAUGGUCAAACUUCAACAAGCGGGACUGCAAGAAAUAGUGGAGGAGCAAGUGGAUGAAGGUUUAAGAUCUUUGGCUGAGUGUUCGGCUCAAAUAGAGUCUUUACAGUGCGGGUCACAGGAGGUGUCUAAUAUUCUAAGUCCAAUUCAGGAUUCCAUAAUAGAACUUAAAGAUUCUUUAUUAUCAUUGAAAGCAGAUUUAGAUACAAAUGAUACUCAGGAAUCUACUGAAAAAGUGUUACGUACUCUAUUCAAACUUAAAGAAUGCUUGGUACACACUUAUGAUAAUCUAUCUGAAAGAACUGAUAUAUUCGAUAUGCUAGAGAAACCAUUACAAGAUGUGGAACUAAUGCUCGACGACCUGAUGAGGAACUGUCCAAUAGGUAGAGAAAAGUUAACUGAGAAUAUAAUAGGCCAAAGCGCAGAAAAAGUUUCAGCAUUAAUACUAAUUGUGGAAGAGAUCUCUAACAAUGAAAAGACAAAUCAUUGGGCACAGUUAGUAACACCAUUAUGUAAUUUAUUAUCUGGUUUGAAUGGGUUGAAUAAAAUUGAGGAGGAAAGCAUUCCCCGAAAUUCCUGCCAACUGAUCCGAUUCACCACUUGCUUGCUGGAGCCAUUCCGAGCACUGGAUGAUCUACGAGAAAAUGUACCACUCAAAUUAAGAGAACCUAUUGUUGAGGUCCAAAACUGCUUAGUUGGUACUUGCAACUUCAUUGAAAACCACGAUGCAAAUAUUGAUCGAAUUGACUUACUGAAAAAGGUAGAGCUCCUGGCAUUCCCAUUCGAAAAAUUCAUAUUGGCGAUUACAAAAAUUAUGGUGACUCCUAUACUAACGGACCUUGAAAUUGCCGAACUCGUAGCUCCAGUUAAGGAAGCAAAACUUUGCCUCGAAGAGAUUCAGCAGAAACUAACUACAGGUACCGAAGCAGAGUGUGAAAUGUAUUUGAGGAAGUAUGGCGAAAAUAUAGAUGUUCUUAAGAAGCAACUAGAAAGAAUAGAAAGUACUAUACUGAGCAAAAAUGAUUUAAGUGACUUACUACCAGCUGAAGUUAAUAUGUUAGCAGACAUCGUACCAAUUCUUGAAGUUUUGCAGCAAUCAUUGCGCACAGAAGAUGCCAUUCCUUCGGAUAAUAUUGAACGUACUGAAAAACCAAUUUCUGUCGAUGAAACAAACACCGAAAGUGUUGCAAAUCGAGCUGCUGAUAUACAAGGCCCAAGUCUCGAUGAAGAGAAUAUGAAACCUGCUCAGGUAUCCCUUGAAGAAACUUCAAAUACGGAAAAAUUAGAAAAACAAUCGGAUGAGCAAUUUAUGGAGAUACAAGCAAUGAAGAUAGUUGAAUCAAAGGCACAUGCAGUCGCAGAUACCACUCCAGUUGAAAUUUCCAAAGUGGCUAAACAAAGUAUUCACCAAAAAGAAGACGGCGCCGAAACAAUGGCAGACGCAGAAAAGCAGAGAGUGGACACCGUAGAAGAUUCGAAAACUGAAAUGGAGAAACUAGGUAUGAAUCUCUCGGCUGAGUUGAAGGUAGCCAAGGAUAUGAAAGGUGAAAAGGCGAAAGGCGAACCAGACGACAUUACUGAAAUAACAAAAUCCAGUAUGGAGCAGGAGAAUACAGUUUCAAAUAAGAAUGAAGCGAUCACCACCACGAGUAUUGGAAGCGCAGAAGCACCGAAAACCAAAGCCACUUCACUUUCAAAAAGUGAAAAAGAAAAGUUAGACAUUGUUCCUUCUGAUCAGUCGAAGGAAGUUAAAGACCUGAAACUUGAAGAAACUACACCUCAGAUAGGCGACAUUUCCGAAAUACCCAAAGAAAAUAUCGAGCAAAAGGAAAUGGGUCCUUCCAAGGAUAUGGGUAGCAUAGAAAUUCCGAAAGCGGAUGUGGCGGAAACUUCAAAAAUUGAACAAGAGGAAUUGAACACCGUUCCCUCUGCGCAACCGAAACAAGCUAAAGAGUUGAAAACUAAACAGUCUGAGAUUCAAGGAAGUGAAAUAACUGAAGUAAAUACAGAAAGUGGAGAAGAAAUGCGAGUGGAUAUAACAAAGACAAUUGGAACUGCAGAAAAGCCAAAAUCGGAUGUCGCAGAACUUUCUCAAAUUGAAAAGGACAAAUUAGAGGUUAUUGAUUUGGAUAAAGCAAGGGAAGUUAAGACACUGAAACCUGAUCAAAUUACACUCCAGGCAGGCGAAGUCUCCGAAGUAACCACAGGAUCUGUCGAGCAAAAGAAAACUGUCACCCCUAAGAGUAUUGAAAACACAGAAGUACCGAAAGCGGAAGUCGCUACCGUCUCAAAAGUUGAAGAAGCGAAAUUGGAGGUGGCCUCUCCUGCUCAGUCCAUGGAAGUUAAGGAGUUGAAACUUGAAGAAACCAUGCCUCAGAUAGGUGAAAUUUCGAAAGUAACUAAGGAAAAUAUCGAGCAAAAAGAAAUAGUUUCUCCAAAGGCUAUCGGAAGCACAGAAACACCGAAAGCGGAACUCGCAGAAAUUUCAAAAAUUGAAAAAGAGCAAUUAGAGGUUGUUCAUUUGGAUGAACCAAAGGAGACUAAAACAGUGAAACCUGAUGAAAUCACACCUCAGGUGGGCGAACUCUCCGAAGUAACUCCAGGAUCUAUCGACCAAAAGGAAAUGGUUGUGCCUAAGAGUAUUGAAACCGCGAAGGUACCGGAAGCGGAAGUUGCCACACUUUCAAAAGUUGAGGAAGAGAAAUUAGAGAUUGCCUCUCCUGAUCAGUCCAAGGAAGUAAAGGAAUUGAAACUUGCAGAAACCGUGCCUCAGAUAGGCGAAACUUCGGAAGUAACUAAAGAAAAUAUCGAGCAAAAAGAAAUAGUUUCUCCACAGGCUAUCGGAAGCACAGAAACGCCGAAGCCGGAACUCGCAGAGAUUUCAAAAAUUGAAAAAGAGCAAUUAGAGGUUGUUCAUUUGGAUGAACCAAAGGGGGCUAAAACAAUGAAACCUAAUGAAAUCACACCUCAGGUGGGCGAACUCUCCGAAGUAACUCCAGGAUCUAUCGACCAAAAGGAAAUGGUUGUGCCUAAGAGUAUUGAAACCGCGAAGGUACCAGAAGCGGAAGUUGCUAAACUUUCAAAAGUUGAAGAAGAGAAAUUAGAGAUUGCCUCUCCUGAUCAGUCCAAAGAAGUAAAGGAAUUGAAACUUGAAGAAACCAUGCCUCAGAUAGGUGAAAUUUCGAAAGUAACUAAGGAAAAUAUCGAGCAAAAAGAAAUAGUUUCUCCAAAGGCUAUCGGAAGCACAGAAACACCGAAAGCGGAACUCGCAGAAAUUUCAAAAAUUGAAAAAGAGCAAUUAGAGGUUGUUCAUUUGGAUGAACCAAAGGAGACUAAAACAGUGAAACCUGAUGAAAUCACACCUCAGGUGGGCGAACUCUCCGAAGUAACUCCAGGAUCUAUCGACCAAAAGGAAAUGGUUGUGCCUAAGAGUAUUGAAACCGCGAAGGUACCAGAAGCGGAAGUUGCUAAACUUUCAAAAGUUGAAGAAGAGAAAUUAGAGAUUGCCUCUCCUGAUCAGUCCAAAGAAGUAAAGGAAUUGAAACUUGAAGAAACCAUGCCUCAGAUAGGCGAAAUUUCGGAAGUAACUAAAGAAAAUAUCGAGCAAAAAGAAACAGUUUCUCCAAAGGCUAUCGGAAGCACAGAAACACUGAAAGCGGAACUCGCAGAAAUUUCAAAAAUUGAAAAAGAGCAAUUAGAGGUUGUUCAUUUGGAUGAACCAAAGGAGGCUAAAACAAUGAAACCUAAUGAAAUUGCACCUCAGGUGGGCGAAGUCUCCGAAGUAACUCCAGGAUCUAUCGAGCAAAAGGAAAUGGUUGUGCCUAAGAGUAUUGAAACCGCGAAGGUACCGGAAGCGGAAGUUGCUAAACUUUCAAAAGUUGAAGAAGAGAAAUUAGAGAUUGCCUCUCCUGAUCAGUCCAAAGAAGUAAAGGAAUUGAAACUUGAAGAAACCAUGCCUCAGAUAGGCGAAAUUUCGGAAGUAACUAAGGAAAAUAUCGAGCAAAAAGAAACAGUUUCUCCAAAGGCUAUCGGAAGCACAGAAACACUGAAAGCGGAACUCGCAGAAAUUUCAAAAAUUGAAAAAGAGCAAUUAGAGGUUGUUCAUUUGGAUGAACCAAAGGAGACUAAAACAAUGAAACCUGAUGAAAUCACACCUCAAGUAGGCGAAGCCUCCGAAGUAACCACAGGAUCUAUCGACCAAAAGGAAAUGGUUGUGCCUAAGAGUAUUGAAACCGCGAAGGUACCGGAAGCGGAAGUUGCUACACUUUCAAAAGUUGAAGAAGAGAAAUUAGAGAUUGCCUCUCCUGAUCAGUCCAAAGAAGUAAAGGAAUUGAAACUUGAAGAAACCAUGCCUCAGAUAGGCGAAAUUUCGGAAGUAACUAAAGAAAAUAUCGAGCAAAAAGAAACAGUUUCUCCAAAGGCUAUCGGAAGCACAGAAACACUGAAAGCGGAACUCGCGGAAAUUUCAAAAAUUGAAAAAGAGCAAUUAGAGGUUGUUCAUUUGGAUGAACCAAAGGAGGCUAAAACAAUGAAACCUAAUGAAAUUGCACCUCAGGUGGGUGAAGUCUCCGAAGUAACUCCAGGAUCUAUCGAGCAAAAGGAAAUGGUUGUGCCUACGAGUAUUGAAACCGCGAAGGUACCGGAAGCGGAAGUUGCUACACUUUCAAAAGUUGAAGAAGAGAAAUUAGAGAUUGCGUCUCCUGAUCAGUCCAAGGAAGUAAAGGAAUUGAAACUUGCAGAAACCGUGCCUCAGAUAGGUGAAAUUUCAGAAGUAACUAAAGAAAAUAUCGAGCAAAAAGAAAUAGUUUCUCCAAAGGUUAUCGAAAGCACAGAAACACCGAAAGCGGAACUCGCAGAAAUUUCAAAAAUUGAAAAAGAACAAUUAGAGGUUGUUCAUUUGGAUGAACCAAAGGAGGCUAAAACAAUGCAACCUGAUGAAAUCACACCUCAAGUAGGCGAAGCCUCCGAAGUAACCACAGGAUCUAUCGAGCAAAAGGAAAUGGUUUUGCCUAAGAGUAUUGAAACCGCGAAGGUUCCGGAAGAGGAA